GACAAAACCGAAUAGAUUGCAUGAUGGCGCCAGUUGGGAAGAAUAGAGACUCACCGAGCUCCAAUAGAAAAGGAGGAAAAGAAAAGGCUCCGGCUGGUCUGAGUCGGAAGCAGCCCCGGCGUUGGGACACGCAUCAAUUUAGGGGAAGCCUCCAGGAGGGUCAAGGCUUUGCCAUUUGGAGAAAACAAAAGAUUCAACGUGCCUACAAAAAGUUACUUAAAAAGGAAAGACAUGUGAAUCCUCAGAAGAAUGUUGGGUAUACUGAAGAUUAUCCAGAACAUCUGAAACAUCUUUAUUUAGCUGAAGAGGAAAUGCUUCGGAAACAGCAGAAACCUAAACAUAAACCAGUAGUACUUGAAGAGAAGGAGACUGUAACUUCAAAGAGCAAUGUGAUUCAGAGAAAAUUUAAAGCAAAAACUUCAAACCAGAAAGCAAAAGCGGAUUAUGAAAAAAUAAAGACUGAACGAAAUGAGAAAAAAGAAGCAGCCCAAAAAAGAAGAGAAGAAAGAGAGAAAGCUCAAAAGCUUUAUAAACAGAAGAAAAUGGAAACAUACAAAAUAUUAAGUAAAAGGACUAGAAAAGGACAACCAAAUCUAAAUUUACAAAUGGAAUAUCUACUUCAAAAAAUUGAGGAAAAAGCAUAAUUUGUCAUAUUAUUUUAAAUUAUAGACACGAAAAAUGAUAAUAUGCACUGGUUAUGGACUUUUCUUUCUACAAUGGCCUGCCUUUAAAUUUUGUAGCGUCAACUCUUAUUAAGGUUUAUUAUGUUAUAAUGCAAAAUUAAUGGGGAUGCUAGAUUCACUUAACAACCAUGUCACUGCCGUAACAUUUAUAGUGAUUCACUUAA